UGGUUAUAAAUUGACAAAGGCAUGACAGCUAAAUAAUGUGACUUGUUUGUUGAUGUCUAUCGCAUUAUGGAGGACACGAAAACAUAUCCCUAAUGUAAUUCAUAGGAAUGGAAUGAUUUUUAACUUGGAUUACUACAUAUCAUUCGGAUUAUAAAAAUUAAUUAUAUUAUAAUUGGAAUUAUUUCAUAUCUUCAAUAUGAACCUUAAAGGGAUACACGUUAUAAUUUUCCUUGCAUUCGUCCACGGUGCAUUGUCAAGUUUACGUAGAGUAUGUUAUUACACAAACUGGGCACAGUACAGACCAGGCACAGGGAAGUAUGUCCCCGAGGAUAUGAAUGCACACCUAUGUACACAUAUCAUAUAUUCAUUCGCCAAAUUAAAUGGUAACCGAUUGGCUCCUUUUGAAUGGAAUGAUGAUUCCACAGAAUGGAUGAAAGGAAUGUAUGCAAAAUUUAAUGCAAUCAAAGCACAAAAUCCAAGAAUAAAAUCCCUCCUUGCUAUUGGAGGAUGGAAUAUGGGAUCAGAACCAUUUACACAAAUGGUGAAAACAUCAAAAUCCAGGCAGGAAUUUGCCCAAAGUGCUAUUGAUUUCCUAAGAAAGAGAAACUUUGAUGGUCUCGAUUUAGAUUGGGAAUAUCCUGCGAAUAGAGGAAGUCCUCCUGUAGAUAAAAAUAGAUUUACCUUAUUGGUUCAACAACUACGAGAUGCAUUUGAUAGAGAUGCACGUACCACUGGACGGUCACGUCUUUUGAUAACUGCCGCAGUGGCUGCUGGGAAGAAAAAUAUUGACAGCGGUUAUGAUGUCGCUGCCAUUGGAAGAUUAAUGGACUUUAUUAGUAUAAUGACGUAUGAUCUUCAUGGAAGCUGGGAGACUACAACUGGACAUAACAGUCCAUUAUUUGCUAGGAGUGGAGAGACAGGGGAUGAAAGAUAUCUUAAUCUGGCCUGGGCAGCUAAUUAUUGGAAUAAAAUGGGUGUACCAAAGUCCAAGCUUAAUAUUGGAAUGGGAUUGUAUGGAAGGUCUUUUACAUUAAAAGAUCGUAAUGUACAUAAAGUUGGAGCGGAAACAAAGGGAAAAGGGCUUGCUGGAAAAUAUACACGUGAAGCUGGUUUCUUAUCAUACUAUGAGGUUUGUGAUAUGAUGAAAAAUGGAGGCAAGAAAUAUUACAUCAACGAACAAAAAGUACCAUAUAUGGUGAAGGAUGAUCAAUGGGUGGGAUAUGAUGACGUUGAUAGUCUGUCCAUUAAGGUUCAGUAUGUCAAACAACAAAGAUUUGGUGGUAUCAUGGUAUGGGCUUUAGACCUUGACGAUUUUAAAGGAACAUGUGGACAAGGCACAUAUCCAUUACUGAAGAGAAUAAAUCAGGAGAUAGAGGGGUCAAGGUACCAGCCUGAACAUCAACUGCUGGAUAUACCCAACGUUCCAGAAAUAUACAAUCCCAUUCCACCCAGGCAGACACCUAAAGUGGAUAUACCUAACGCACCAGAACUAUACAUUCCACCAAGACAAACACCUAAACAAAGAAGGAAACAAGAACCAAUACCGACACAGGUCGCCGUCAGGAAAGUGGUCAAUCCUAGACCUCCACGACAACAACAACACAUUGAAAGCGUCGAUCAGCUACGAUCAAACAGUAAAGAUUUUUCUUGCACAAAGGGAAACGAUGGAUAUUUUGCUAGUCCAACAUCAUGUUCAGAGUACUAUAUGUGUACAGAUGGGACUGCCUUUAAGUUCAAUUGUGCUUCAGGACUUAAAUUUAAUGCAGAACAUAAUUUUUGUGAUUGGCCAAAGAAGGUAAAAUGUACCGAUAAAAAAGUAAGAUCUUCAAAAAAAGCUGAAAGACCAGGACAGAAAUCUUCGAAAAAACAUACUAUAAAUGAACCAGGUCCACCACCACGACCCUCUGUGCAUAGACCAGGUCCACCACCGCGACCCCCUGUGCAUAGACCGGAACCUCCAACAUGGCACCCACCACCACCGAAGCAGUCAACUUCAACUAGAGGUUGGAAUUUCGAUGCUCCAGCACAAGGACCACCACCACCGGCUCCAACCACCCCUAGAACAACUCAGCAUCGUAGUGCUUGGGAUUGGGUAUCUAUGAUAGAUAACGAAAUGCCGUUCUUCAUGAGUCUGUUUGGAAACAAUGAUAUGUUUGCAGAUUUCUGUGCAAGUCGUGCAAAUGGAAUAUAUCCAGAAAGCGCGAAUUGUAGAGGAUUUAUAGAAUGUUCUGAUGGUGUGUCUUACAAAGGAGCAUGUGGUCCUGGUCUAGCAUUUAAUCCACGUCAAAAAACCUGUGACUACACAUAUAAUGUACCCGGAUGUUCAUAAAACAACUCAAUCAUGAUCCGGGUUAUUUAUUAUCUUUGUGCAUAUAGCGCUUACUUUGUAGAGUACGUAUUACCUAUUGUACGUUGUCCUUACAAAUAAUCCAGCAAGGUAUUUUGCAAGUCUAUGUGCUAUGGGAAUCAUAUUGUGUUUUUAAUAGUGAUGUGGACAAUUAGGAAGUGCUUCAGCUUAGUUAUUGUGAUUGUUCUUGUUGAAUUGUUUUAAAUCAAAUUAUUAUAUAAAAAAUAGUCAUUUCA